AUGCCUCGUCGAUCCGGUGGUGGUAUGCGUUCAUCUUCUCCUUCUCGUGCUCCUCCUCCACCUCCACCCCGUGCUGUUGCACACCCACCUCCAUCUGCACCAGCACCAGUUAUGGCACCACAAGGACGUGGACCUGGUUUAUUUGGUCAAAUGGCUGCCACCGCAGGUGGUGUAGCUAUUGGCUCUGCUGUUGGUCACACAAUCGGUCAUGCUCUUACUGGUGGAUCUCGUGGUUCUGAUCAACCAGCUGUCCAAGAAGCUGGUCCAAAUGCUCAACCACUCUAUCAAGCACCAAAUGAACGAUAUACAGCUGAACGAUGUAAUUUAUAUCAAAAAGAAUUCAUGAAAUGUCUUGAUACAGCUGGUGGAGAUUCGACACAAUGUCAAGGAUUUUGGGAAGCAUUAAAAGAAUGUCAACGUUUCCAAGGUGCUAACGCCCUCUAA